UGAAUGGGUUCGCAUUCAUAUUUAACGGAUGGGGUUCGGCUCAGUUUAUUGCCCAUCCCAAGAUUUAACCUUUCGUUGUGAUUUCAACAAAAUCGAUUUUCUUCUUCUUCGAUAAUUGAGCUUUUGCCUCUCGAUGGCGGAUCAUAGCUCUAAGCCGUUACAGUUAUUCGUUAGGCUACUCAACGGAAAAUCGAUAACCCUAGCUUUCUCCUCUCCCUUAGCCUAUGGCGACCAGAUCAAGCAGCGGAUCUUCGACCACACUCACAUCCCGACGCAUCUCCAGCGUCUGAUCUGCGGAGGAUACCAGAUCUCCGACGAGUCCACCGUCUCUCAACCCGACGCCACCGUAAACCUCGUCCUCUCCCUCCGCGGAGGCAAAGGAGGAUUCGGCUCCUUGCUCCGCGGAGCAGCCACCAAGGCGGGGCAGAAGAAGACGAACAACUUCGACGCGUGUAGGGAUAUGAGCGGACGGAGGCUGAGGCACGUGAACGCGGAGAAGAGGCUUGAGGAGUGGAAGGAAGGUGAGGAGGAGAGGAAGCUUGAGAGGUUGGCUGAUGAGUUUCUGAAGAAGCAAGCGAGUAGAGUUAAGGAAGGUGUUGGCAAUGGAGCGACGCAGAAGUAUGUGAAGAGGUAUAGGGAGGAGUCUGAUAAGUGUAUUGAGGCGGUGGAUUUGGCGUUGAAAGAGUCUUUUAUGAGUGGGAAGAGGAAGAAGGUAUAUGCAGAGUCUGAAAAGUCGAAGCGACUCAAGAUAUGGAAGGGUAAGAGAGCAGUUGAUGCUAGUGACAGCGAUGAUAGCAGCGACGAGGAGGAGGAUGAGAAAGAGAAAAACAAUGGUAGCCAAGUUGAGAGCUCAGGCUUGGGUAUGGCACAUGAUGGUGAUUCUUCUGGUAAAGCUUCAAGCAGUAGAGGUUCAGAGGAAGAGAAAGACGUUGUAGUUGUAUGUCAAAGUUCAGAUGUACCUAAGGGAGAGAUCAUCGGUGUGCAAGUGAUCAACGAAGGAAAGAGUGGUGAUUUACCUGUCACUGUUGUUGAUGCGAUUGUUCAAACUGAAAAGGAGGAGAAUUCAAGUGUAGACGCAGAAAAGAAUCUGGUCGAAGUAACUUGUGGAACAUUAGUUAUGUCUGUAGAUGUUAAGAGUCAAGGCAAUGAUUCUGAAGUUAAGCCAGAAGGAGUUGCUGGAGAAACAGAGUCUGUUGAUGAUACAGUGUGUUGCCUACCUGUCGGACCACUUAACUUUGAUGACUUCAACUCCGCAAAGGAUCUGGAGGUCUUGGGGAUGGAAAGACUAAAGACAGAGCUUCAGUCACAUGGACUGAAAUGCGGAGGGACACUGCAAGAGCGGGCGGCAAGGCUCUUCUUACUUAAAUCGACACCAUUAGAUAAGCUUCCAAAGAAGUUGCUGGCCAAGAAAUGAAGAAUAAAACUAGAGUGUAUCUCAAAGGCUUUGAAGUUUCUAUGUUUGUUGUAGUAGUUGAUACACCACAACCCACAUGUGUAAAUAAUAUAUCAGCUUUAAGCUUCAA